AUGACAUUUGUGUUUUGUGCAAUCUUACCAUCUAGGGGUGUGCUUUUGUGUGCUGUUGUUCGCCUUUGUGCGCCUUUGUGUACCUUUGUGUACCUUUGUGCGUUUUUGUGCCUGUGGGCAAAAGCAUGUGAGAUUGUAUACACUGCUUGUGUUCUCAAUAUACCCCAGCCCCAGGGCUGGUCACCUCGUUUGGACCCUUCACCUGCGGAUGUGAGCCUGUUUGAAGCCAAUGCGGGUUUCGGGGAGUCCUCCCAUUCCAGAAUGGCUGUUAUGCCUCAGCUGGGAAGGUAUUGCUUGCGGGAAAGCUUGAAACUUGCCAGUCGGGGUGUCCCGAUCUUGUGA